ACAGCUGGAUUCUCCGAGACGUCUCGUGGCGUCGCUACUACGACUUGGUCGGCUGCGUGUGAGAGCGAGAGACCCCCGCCUCCGGCAGCCGAAGGAGAGUAACGGGCGGACUGUCGGAGCCGGAGACGCUUGGAGCUGAUGUGACUUGCGCGGACCGCGCCGCGCACCAGCAGUCGAGCGUGGUGUGGAUUUCGGGGGGCAGCAGAGGUGUGGAGGGCAGGUCGUCCUCCUCGAAAGUACCCCCCCCCCCCCCCCCCCCCCCCCCCCACACCCCAAAGAAAAAGGGGGGAAAAAAGGAGAAAAACCCCCAGCUGGAGGCUUAAGGUGAGCGAUCCUGACCUACUUCCCCUCUCCUCUCCUUCGCCGGCCAAAAAGGACACAUCUGUCAUACAUGUGUCCCGUCCACCGGCCCCCGUCUUGCAGAACGUGACUCAAUGGCGUCGCCAGUCCCACUCAUUUAAAUGUUAGUACUACUUGAGCAGAUAUCGCUCGGCUGGCCGAAGAGGAAAAAGAAGAAAGAGGCUGUUGAAGGUGCUGGAAGAUGUCUCUGUGGAUGAUACUGCCCGUGAGCCUGCCAGCUCUGACCAUCACUGGGAUAUGGGUUGUGUAUGCCAUGGCCCUGUACAACCAGCAUGUCUGCCCAGUGGAUAACUGGUUGUACAACCAGUCAUGUGAAGAGGAGCUUUAUUUGCAGAGCGGGCCAACCUUGUGCUGCACACUAGACAAUGUACCUCUCAUCAGUAAAUGUGGGACUCUUCCCCCCGAGAGCUGCUUCUUCAGCCUUAUCUGCAGCACCGGCUCAUUCAUGGUCAUGGUGAUUGUGCUGCUGCGAUAUGCCCACGUGAUCGAGAAGCACCAGAACUGUGUCCUCAACACGGCGAGUCUCUCCACGGGCUGGAUCUGUGCUGCUGGACUCAUCAUGGUGGGCAACUUCCAGGUGGAUUAUGCCAAAGUCCUCCACUAUGUCGGAGCAGGCAUCGCCUUCCCCACCAGCAUGCUGUUUGUGUGCCUGCAGUCGGCGCUGACUUACCGACUGGCGAAGACCCAGGGGGAGUACAACGUGGCCCACCUCCGGCUCUGCAUGACCCUGCUGGCCUUCGUUGCCUUGGUGCUCAGUGGCUCGUUCUUCUGCCAGGAGAGCUUCGUCCUGCAACAUGCGUCGGCCAUCUUCGAGUGGCUGUUCUGCGUCAUCGUCAUGCUGUUUUACGGGACGUUCGCCUUCGAGUUCGCCGGCAUGUCGGGGGACACCAUUGCAGUGCUGGCUCGAGGAGGGUCCCUGGGCCCUGCGGGGAGAGAACACAAGGUGGACGCGAUGCCGCAUCCGCACCAACCUGAGAACCUGUCCAUACUGUAGCCGUGUCGACACCUCUUAGAGCCAUGCCCACGGGUGGCCUGUUUAUUCAUUUCAAACUCUGGUUUUAGAAUGAGUUUAAUUAUUCAUUGCCAGCCACACUCGUCUGAAGCUUUUUCAGUGAACCAGGCCGGUGCACCAGCAGCCGUUCGUGGCAGAGUGGAUUCUGCAGUCUCUGGCCGAGGGGGUGUAGAUCCGCUGCCACAGUGGAGAGCUCCGCUUGUAUCGAUGGUGUCUCUCUAGAACCUGUUUGCAUUUUGCACAUUGCACAAGUGUGAAACCAAAUUUUCUUCCCAACUCAGCACUGUCCUCAGUCGCCAACAGAGGACAGAGCAUUUUGUUAAUCAUGUCCAGAAAAUGUGUCCCCCCCUCCCCCUGAGAUUCUAUAACCUGCCUCAGUAAGUGUCCUCGGACGAUUUCUGCUUCACUGCCGCGAGGCUUUCAGUGCAAAGGAGCGAAGGCUGCUGGACGGCCUGGCCGACAGUAUUACAGUAGUGAGACUUGAAGGUGUGUGAAGGUUAGGUCAGAGUUGAGGCUUGUUUUCGCACAGCAGAAUGGAAGAAUACAAAAAAAACCAAUCAAAUAGAAGAGUAUACAGGUGUUUCCGUCUCUGCUUGGGAUUGAACAGGGCGGCGGUUUGCAUUUUGCAAUCAUUAAAGCCGCAGUAAGCAAUAGUUCUGAUAUUAACAGAUCAAAUAAUCCUGAUGUCAAAGCAUUCGUCACAAUACAGAACCCCACUGAGAAUCAACAUCCUACUCUACGUAGAUUUUAGCUGCUUUGGUCCGGCAGAACGUCGAGCAUUUGGCCAACAGAAGACCCAGAUAUGUAUCUCAGGAGCUGGCUCACAGGGCCUCAAAGGAAAGUGAAUACUGGACUCAUAUUUCUUUCAGAUGGCCACGAGAAUAACACUGCUGCUCUGUGUCUGCUGGAUGUGUAUGUAGUUACAGGAGUGUAACCACAGCAACUUUUGUUUGUUUUUGUGGUCAAAAUUCGCCCAAGAAUACACAUUGUCAACAACUUCAUGUUUGAUCAGCAACUGUUUUCAUCGGCACCAACAUCCAGCCCACAGUGUCCUUUUUUGUGUAUGGAUGCGCUGGGUAAUGCGCCAUAUCAUUAUUUCACCUGCACACAGGAGAACAGAUCCGGUGCCUCAGAAAUGCAAACCUUUAUGACCCGAUUGUUCGGAUCGAUGCGCCACGUCAACCGCAAACCUCAAAUGUUGACUUGUUAAAAACUUCCUCUCUGCAGAGCUCUGCCAAAUAAUAUGAAAGAGAGAUGACACGGUGUCCGGAGGCCAAAUGCGCAGCAGCUAAUUCAAGCCAGAGCCCCGGGCUUAUUGAGUUUGGUGACGAGGCAUCACACGCGGUUUCAGGUCCUAUGUGGUCGGAGGUCUGCGUCUGAUUACUCCCCCAACAGCGAGGGGGGCAGAGCGAGCUCUGGCUGCUUCACCGUCCUACUUUUCCCUUAGGACGGUGUUGCGGGACAUAGGGGACAGUAAAAAGGAGGGGAUUUGUAACGUAAUAAGACAUAAGUGAGAUGAGCUGUCACGUAGAAGUAUGUGCCAAAUAUCAGUCGUCUGUGCUAAAACACAAAAGGCCUUAUCCUGUCAUGUUUCCCUGGGUUUAGCUGUGACGUGAUAAAUGAAGGCAAUAGGAUAUAGACACACGGGGGUGGGCACAGGAAUACCAAAGCAGAUAUUUGAUGCUACCGAUUGAUUGACAUCAGAAAAAUGCUUGAUAUUUUUGCUAUCUGUCAAAGCAGUUUGGCCUCCUGCUUUGGUAUCCCCGUCCCUGUGUGAACACAUUCACAUGUUGACUUGUGUUCAUUGACUUGCUCUGUCAGUCUGCUGUGUCGUAGUGCCGUGUUACCGUUUAUAUUCUAAUUUACAACAGCUCUGUGUGACAUUAACACAGAUGGGGGUUUUUUUCUUUUUCAUCUGGUGAUAAAAACCAGAGCAGGCAGACGUUUUACAACAGUAACAGUCUUGUUAGUUGGCUUUUCACACAGCGGGAAGAAAAAAAACGAUCGCUCCCUCGUACCACAGCUGACCACAUGUUGGGCAGGGGUUGUUUUUUUUGAAAGUGCCAGUAUUUUUAUUUAAAGCACGAGUGCUCAAAAAGGGCAUACUUCAAACAGUUUCACAAGCUGUUGCAGAAGGGCUGAAAUACAGUUAAUUGCUGUACUGUACUGUACUGUAAAAGCUCGCUGCCUCCCUCUGCUGGUCAAACUGCUCAUUGCACAGCUCGCGGGAGGUUUUGUUUUCUACUUGAAAAAAUCCAGCAUUUCUGGAUCCACAGAUGCCAGGAUGCAGUCGGCUACAGGUUUAGGUCAAAUCUGCUUUCGUUUGACGUCCACAUUUACUAAAGAAGAUGGGACUGAUGUAGUGGCAAGUAAUGAAGAGCACAUGAACUCCAGCUCGUGGUUAUUCACAUUGUUCCACCUUUUUUUCCCCUUGAAGUAAAACCUGACCUUGUGACCUUACACGACUUUUACAAUAUGCAUUCUUCUAACAAAUCACAUGUACAUUAAGAUUCAAUGUAUAUUCUACUUAAAACCAAAUGAUGGUGCUGCUCUAGGGAGAAGUAUUUUGUUAUUACAAAUGACCUAAAAGUGUUUAAUGUGCACUACAGCUUAUGCAUGUCAGUAAUCUGUUUAUGAUGCUCCAGUUGAACACUACGAAAAAAAACCAAUUUAAAAUAUUUCUCCUUUGCAUUGUCUGCUCAUCCUCCUUUUCAUUUCAUUUCUGCCCCCCUUUGUUCCUCCCCCCCUUUCCUCGUUUACUGAUCUGUCUGAUCUUUGCACUCAGGAAAAUGUUACGACACCAGCUGCAUUGUUCGAUUCAAAGGAGAACGAACCGUUUGCCUCUGCCUUCUGUUGCCUUUGUCUUAUCGGAAUUCAUUUUCGUGCUCAUUGAGGGUUUCGUCGUGUAUAUUUUUGUUUUGUGUAGCGUAGGUGCAACUACUUUUGUCACAGUUGCAGGAUUGAUGGUUAACUGUGAUAUAAUGGAUUAUUUUUUUUUUUGUUAAUCACACCUCUGUAAAGCUUAAAAAGAAAUACGCCUGUUAGCCUGUGAGAAUGCUUAGGCUGCUCACGCAAAUGUGGUUAAACAUCUGCAAGAAAUAAGUGGCUUCCUCGUGUAUUCAGUACGUGAUCGGUGAGACCAUUCUGAUAAACUAACCAGCAUCUGUUACUCAAUACCCACUUCUCAGUUAAAAUGCAAAAUACUCCUUAUGUGCCUUAUGUAUUAUCUUGAUAGUGAAACCAAAGAGGUUUAGGUAAUAAAUUCUAUUUUGAUGAAGUCA